AUGGAAAUAAUUCCAGAAAUCGUAGUAGAAGCCGUACAAGUAGCCAGCAAUGUAGAUCAGGUUCCAGAGGCAGCUUUGGAAGAAGCAAAAGCUGAAGAUGCUGAUCAUUCUGGUCAGAUCCAAACCUAUCUCCUUUACAUUGGAAACUUAAACCCCAAACAUUCCAGUGAAGAUCUUGGCAGUAUGCUGAAGGACAUCCUCGGGAUGGCAAGUGUCACGCUCCAAAGAUACGAUAUUGAAGUGAUCAAGAAACGUAAGCAGGCCUUCGCUUUGGUUCAGGUGGCCACAGAAAUCAGCCUGGAGCAAGUCCUCAAACAACUGCUCCUAGCUUCGGAGGCAGAACACAACCUCUCCAAAGAGCUCGUGCAGAAGGGGAAAACUCUUGUGGUGGGACAAGGCAAAAAGCCUGCAUCUGCUACCAAAACUAGCAGAGAGAGUGAUUCCAUGGGAAGCAGAUCAGAUGUUCUCCUAGGAGGACCGCCAGGGCCCGAGACAAGGAAGCAACUGCCCAAAGACAACAGAGCUAAGCCCAUCAGAAAAAGCCUUCAUUACCCUUGGAGACUGGUCGACUGGCCAGUGACUUUCCUGAACAGCACCCGUUCAGACAGUGCCAUUGUCCAUAAAGAGAUUGUGGGGAGAGAAUGUCUAUUCUACGGCGCUUUCAUUGGUGGAGAGACGCGGAAUGUGGAAUUCAAGCAAGGGAGCAGAGAAUAUCUGACGACAACGCUGAAGCAUCAUUUGCGGAAGUACAUCUGUGGCUUUCUCAACAGUGAAGGGGGUAGUCUCUUUGUGGGGGUUGAGGACAACGGCUUGGUGUGUGGCGUCAAAUGCGACCACAAGGAAGAGGACAGAAUCCGCCUGCUGACAGACUCCCUUUUAAAAACCUUCAAGCCCCAGGUUUUCCCCACCGCCUACACGCUGAGCUUCAUCCCAGUGGUCAAAGCAGAAGACACGGGCAUCUUCCUCAAAGUCAUCCGGCUGAGCGUCCAUCCUCCCAAGCCGCACGCAGAGCCUCUCCUGUACGAGACAGAUCAGGGGGAGGUGUACCUGAGGCGAGAUGGCAGCAUCCAAGGACCCCUCUCUGGAAGCGCUAUCCAAGAGUGGUGCCGGCAGGUAACGUUCAGAUUUUGCCAUUCUUGUAUGCAGCGCUUGGGGACGCAUAAACCAAAUUCUAGCUGUCACACCAAGAAGUUUGAAAGUGCCAUCCGAUAUGCAAUGGCAAAUAAAGAUGAAGUGUUCCAGAAUAACUAA